CUUCUUUUUUUUUCGGUAUACUACUUAUUCAAACCAUGUAUCCUUUGAAAUCUUAUCAUUUUCAGACGUCACUCAGACUCAAUUAAAUUUGCUGAGCACCCCAACCACAGCAGGUAUAUAUCUUCACCUUUUUCACGGCUUCUGCUGUUGGAAAAUAAUUCAUCGCUGUCACUGCUAUUCGCAUAAAGCCUUUGAUUAAUCUGACGUAAAAGAUAUCAUGCAUAUCAGUGUAGCUCAAAAUCCGAUUUCAUCAAAAACGAAGCCUCUAAUUACAGCCACCUCGACAGCGGAGCAUCGUAUUGAACGUUCUACUGACUCCUCCACUAUCGACAGCGACGCUCAGAAUGGCAAGGACGACGUAAUUCAUGAGGCGAUCAAGAAAAAACUCGCCACAGUUGCUCUCGAUAAUAAAUUCGGCCAAGAUGAUUGCUUUUAUAUCGUGGACCUAGGGCAGUUGCAUCGCCAGUAUUUGAGAUGGAAAAAGUGCUUUCCAAAAAUUAAGCCGUAUUAUGCUGUCAAGUGUAAUCCAGACCCGAGAAUCAUACAGUACCUAGCAUCACUAGGCACUGGCUUUGACUGUGCUAGUGGUCCCGAGAUGAAAAAGGUCAUUGAUCUUGGCGUCAAGUCCACUAACAUUAUCUAUGCUCAUACAUGCAAACAAGCCUCGUAUCUCCGCUACGCCGCAGAUCACGGCGUCGCCAAAAUGACCUUUGAUAAUAUCGAUGAAUUAUACAAAAUCAAGACCUUGUAUCCUAAAGCACAGCUUCUACUGCGCAUUUUAACCGAUGAUUCAAAGGCCCAGUGGGGAAUUGGUAUUAAAUAUGGAGCACCUUUAUCAGAUGUGAAUAAUUUAUUGAACACUGCCAAGGAACUUGAACUCGAUCUUGUUGGCGUCAGCUUCCACGUCGGUAGUGGAUGCUCUGAUACCGAGGCUUAUAAGGAUACUUUAAAGAGCUCACGCCUUAUUUUCGACCGUGCCAAGAACCUCGGGUUCAAGAAUUUUAACUUACUGGAUAUUGGUGGUGGCUUUUUUGGCGUCGAUUACUCUGGAAUGCCAACCUUCGAACAGAUUGCUUUUGUAAUUCAUGAAACCAUUGACUCGCUUUUUCCAUCGGAUAUAGAAAUCAUGGCUGAGCCCGGAAGAUACUUUGCAACUUCUACUCUCACGGUGUGCUGUCAAGUAGUUGGCAGGAAACUACUACCGGCAACCAUAAAGGAGAACGGCGACGAUAAAGAAGAGGACAAGAAGUACAUGUAUUAUGUAAAUGAUAGCUUACAUGCUUCAUUUGCCACUAGACUGUUCUAUAGUGAUGUGCUCAAUCUGAAAGUAUUGAUGAAGGGCGGUAUUUGCAUGUACGGACAAGAGCAAAAGGAACGGACAUAUUCAUGUAGUGUCUGGGGCCAUACAUGCGAGCCAGGCGACUGUCUAACAGAUGAUACGCAGCUCCCGAUACUUAACAUUGGCGACUGGAUAUACGCAGAAAACAUGGGUGCUUAUGCAAUUGCUACCUCUCAUUUCUGCGGAUUUGAGAGACCAAAAACCGUUUACGUUAACAGUUUCAUCGAAUGAUAAUGACUACGCAACUCGCUUUAUGCUACUAAAUCCCUUAUCUCCUAAAGCCCAUAAACAAAGAUGUAACAGUCAAAGCUUGACAAAUAAAAAAGAUUACUUUAAUAGUUACAUAUCAUGAU